AUGCUAAUGGGAAUUACUUGGAAAGCUUUAUUUCUUCAGAUGUUCCUACAUCUGGCAAUAGCUUAUGAAAACAUUGCUUUGAAUAAACAAGCAUGGGAGAGGUAUCCCUGGCCAAAUAAAAUGCGCAACGUGGGAGCGCAAAGGGCCGUGGAUGGCCGAAAAUCUAACCUCUCUGCCAAUGGUGGAGAGUGUACAAUAUCAGCCAACUAUAAAGCAACAGCAGAAUGGAGAGUUGACCUUGGAGAAAUACUGAACAUAAAUCGAAUAUUUAUCCAGCACAGAACGGAUGAACUUCCCUGGGGUGCUAAAAACGACCAUGCAUCAAGGUUUCUUGGAUUUUCGGUUAUCGUAUCGAACACAACUGAAAAAAAUGAUGGAGUAUUGUGUUUUAAGGACAAGAACUUCACCUUAGAGACAAUACCUAACUCUAUUAACAUAACGUGUCCUAUUUUUGCUCGAUACGUCAUCUUCUACAACAAUAGGACUAAUCGCCCAUUCCCUGCAGGGUAUUCGAAAUACGCAUACAACGAACUAUGUGAACUGGAAGUUUUUGGUUGCUCAAAAUUUGGUUAUUAUGGAGAAAACUGUUCCAUGCCAUGUUAUGACCAUAGUCAACCUGGUCUCAGUGAUAUCGAAUCUGGAACACGCCUAAGUAAUGUUGAUGGAUUUGAAGGUCAACAAUGCAAUAAAACGCACCUGUUGGAUAUACCGCUUGGUGAUCCAGAUGACCUUUCAUCGAUAUUGCACAGUUUUGCUCCUUUAUUUGCUACUUUAUUUGCCAUUUCCUUUGUAAUCAACAUUAUCUUCACAAUCAGAGAAUGCAGAAACAAACUACGUUUAAAGAACCAGAACAAAUCAAAGGCAAGGAAUCAACAACGCGUGACUCCCGACAUUGAUAUUCAUGAAAACGUGGAUGCAAAUACAGAAUACCAGGAGCUCACAGAAGUGAAAAAUACCGACAAUUCCAUCUAUGAUGAGAUCAAGUUAUAACUCUAGUUAGAUGUUGAGGAAGUGGAUAAAUUUAUGUUGAAAUGUUAUGCUUAGUGACAAUAACACAGCAUGUUGUAGUAUUGGACUGUGACAUAACGUAUUGUUCUUUUUUUUUUUUUUUGCAAUUUUUACAGCGGAUAUAGUGUAUCCGCUGAACGUUUAUAUCAUAUAAACAAAUUUAUUACGCAACCCGGAAGCUUUGCAAAUUCCAUACUUAUGAUGAAUCAAAGUAUUGAUAGUAUUAAGUGCUGCGCUGCGCAAGAUUAAUAUGUGCUUCUUGUUUUGUUUUUUUUUUUGAAAGAAUGACAUAUUGCAACUCACACUUUUAUUGCACUUAAACACCCCCUAACCAAAAAAAUAAUAGAAUUUAAAACAUUUAAAGAAAUAUUACAGCACAUUGCAUACUAAUUUGAACUUGUCCUAUGGUUUUCCAUGCAUUAAAAUUAGGUUCAUUUGAAAAUAUAGCAAUGUGGCAACAAUUAUGAAAAUAUGCAUACCAGAUGAUGCAUUCUAAAUUGGUAAGUUGGUGAUAAUCCUAAAUAUAAUUUCUUAACCAAACAGAUGUUUUAUUGUAUGUUGUAGACACUACUUUUGGCCUCCUACUUUUUUUUAAAAGCAACUAAUAGUGGUUAUUUUACACGGGCCUUUUGUUUCAUUCAGCAUUUAACAAUUUUAUGGCUUUUUCUUUACUUGAGGGAAAAUUGUUUGCUUGCUAUGCUUUUUUU